AUGGAGAAUUAAGAAAAGAAGAAAUGUUUGAAAAUGAGAAUUCAAAAACAGCUACAAAUACAGAAUAAAAAUUAUGAGAUAGAGAACUAUCAAAAUUAUAAGUCAUAAAAUAUAUAUCUUUAUGGAUUAAUUAAGAUACAUUAAAAUUUAGAGCUUUCAAAGUAGUGUUUAAUUUAAGUUUUGAAUUAAUUACCAUGUUUUUGGAGUGCCUGGUUAGAACUUUGUAGAUUGAUGAGUGAAGAGAGAUUCAAUUAAUUAGAUAGCAAAUACUUAUUACAAUAAAUAAGAAUUUGA